AGUGACGUCAUAGUCAAGCAGAAGAGAUAAGCAGCUAAAACCGAGGACCGAACUACGCUUCCAUUGUGUACUUGAAAAUUACUGUGUUUUAACGAGCUUUGUAGAAUUUAAAAUGUCUUACGCCUACCUCUUCAAAUAUAUCAUUAUUGGAGAUACGGGAGUUGGCAAAUCAUGUUUGUUGCUACAAUUCACAGACAAGAGGUUUCAGCCUGUACAUGAUUUAACUAUCGGCGUUGAAUUUGGCGCACGCAUGAUCACCAUCGAUGGCAAACAGAUAAAGCUGCAAAUUUGGGAUACGGCAGGGCAAGAAGCUUUCCGUUCCAUCACAAGAUCAUACUAUCGUGGUGCAGCGGGUGCUCUGCUAGUAUAUGACAUAACCCGUAGAGAAACCUUUAAUCAUUUAACAACGUGGCUAGAAGAUGCGAGACAGCACUCUAAUUCAAACAUGGUGAUAAUGCUGAUUGGUAACAAGAGUGACCUCGAUUCACGGAGAGAAGUAAAGAGGGAAGAAGGUGAAGCAUUUGCCCGUGAACACGGUCUUGUAUUUAUGGAAACGAGUGCUAAAACAGCAGCUAAUGUAGAGGAGGCAUUUAUCAAUACUGCCAAAGAGAUCUACGAAAAGAUUCAAGAAGGUGUAUUUGACAUUAACAACGAGGCGAAUGGGAUUAAAAUUGGUCCACAACAUUCGCCGACGAGCCCUGGUGGUUUGGCGGGAACCGGAGGUCCGGGCGGCGCUCAAGGGGGCGGAUGUUGCUAGGGGCUGGGGGUUGGAUGCUCCCCGCUUCCGUGCGAACCGAUCUGAAAAGAUCUCUUAUUCCUGCUCCUUGGUUGAACCUGAUCCCUUCCAAAUUUAUAUAUUCAUUUGUAUAAUUGUGUACGUCACGUAUAGAGCCGAUAAAUAACAGGCGAUUGGUAAUUGAUGUAAUUAUCGUUCCAAAAACCUGAUAGAUUCGCUCGUAAUAAAAAAUGGUGUUUCGUAUUAAGAAAUUCAAGGGAAGAAGUUGGGAACUCUGAGGCAAAAUCAAAGGUAGCAGUUUUUCACUUGGCAGAUUUUUGCAGCAUCGCAAACCUACUUUCCAAAUUACAAACCUCGUCGGUAAGUCUAGAAUCCUAGAGGUCUCAUCAAACUAUGUACGACCAACUAACUUAGGCGCGCUUGUUUCCGUAUUUUGAAAUAUAAACAAAAAAAAACAAACACUGGCGUUAAAUGGCCAAUAUAUUCUUCCCAAUCCCACAGGCUCCUAGACGACAACGACGAUAAUUGUAAUUAUCUCUUAAGUUUUUCACCUGGAGCAGGAAUAUAUUGGCUUAUAAAUCAACUAUCUAACGCGACGGCAUAUGUAUGGAUGUACCAUUGAUGUACCUAUAUGACGAAUACAAAAAUAACGUCUGAAUUAAACUCCGGCUCGGAGGCCUAUGUAACCAAAUCAAUGUUUUCGUUUAUAGAUAGAAUUAAAUUAUCGGAAGAUUAAUUUACGUAGGUGUGCUAACAUCGUCAUAACGAAAUAAUGUUCCAAAAAAUUCACGGAGUACUGAGAAAAGUGGAAUCUCUAAAGAACUUGACUCGUCAGAUCAUUCUCAAUAGUGAUCUCACGUUGUUCUCAACGGCGGUCGAUUAAUCUCAUCAUUAAUACCCCCUCCGUUUAUUUUAGCAUCAUUUUCUUGUUAUGGAUAUGGUGUUAUCAAAAUGUUAUGUGCGCUAUUUUACUCAGUACGUUAGUUCGGACUUGUACACUCGAAUGGUUACGAUCAAUUCUUAUCUAAUUUUUUUAUCAACAGAUCCGUUCUUCUUUUGAACAAUAGAUCAUUAAUUGAACUCUGAACUGAAUCAGAUGAUGUAACGAGACGUGUGAGGGAAAUCUAUCCCAGAAUCUUUUCAGCUAAAACAGAUUAGUGAAACGGUUAGCGCACAUGCAAUUUCAUCUGAGUACGAUUAUUUUAUAGCCUAGUCAAUAUAAAUGAAUGUCCAUAAAUAAUUUUAUCAUGCAAGAAAAAAAAAAACCAUAAGAAAAAAAUAUAGUAAACUUGACUUACAUUACAUCACGUACGCAUACUUAUAAUAAAUUAAUAAUAUAUUUUCGUGGAUAAUUUAAUUAAUGAAAUUGAUUAUCUGCGAAUUGACAGUAAUUCUGAUAAAUUGGUAAUUAGUUGUGAUUUAUACUUAUUAUUGAAGCUCGGUAACGUUAAUUUGUAAGUUCAAUUAUUACAGUAAGAAAGAUUUUACCAGUACUUUAAAUAGCGUUUUAAAUUUUAAUCACGCUUAUGUAUCUUUCUUCAUCAUUAUUCGAUAAUAUAUGCUGAUUUUCUGAUUUA